UCCGCUCAGGCACAGCCCAUUCUGGAGGAGAGGGGGAUCCACAGCUCUGUACUCGCCGUGUCCAUGUUGUCAUCUCCGCCCCUCUCUGAUUAAAGCGCACAGCUCAGUCCUCCACACCGGCAGAGGAGACGGAUUUUUCGGCUGCAGAUUCCCGAACGGACCCGUUGAGGACUCAGCUGCUCCUUUUGUUUUCCCUUAUGAUGUCCUUUAAACACAAACAGUGAGCCGUUUUGAGCCAAUGUUGCCGCUGCCUGUGCGCUCUGCACACGUGUGGGUCAUGCUCUGCACCUGACAGUCCUGCACACUCUGACUUUACACUUUCACAGGAGGACAAAAAACUUCGCUUCGCACCUAGAAGUUAUUCUCUGCUCCAGCCAGCGGACUCUUUCCAAUCGGACUGUUUUACGCCGAAAUAUCAAACCUUGUUUUUUUUCGCAUUUAAAGCUGCACCAUCGAGGCGAAACGGCGACCUCAGUCGAUUACCUUUCUUUCCUUUGCUAUCCCAUGGAUAUUCACUGCAAAGCAGACCCCUUCUCGGCGAUGCACCUAUCCCACGCAGGGCACGGCGGUGUGAACCAGCUCGGCGGGGUGUUUGUGAACGGCAGACCCCUCCCGGACGUGGUGAGGCAGCGGAUCGUGGAGCUGGCCCACCAGGGCGUCCGGCCCUGCGACAUCUCCAGACAGCUACGGGUCAGUCACGGCUGUGUCAGCAAAAUCCUCGGCAGGUACUACGAAACCGGCAGUAUUAAACCAGGAGUCAUUGGUGGCUCCAAACCAAAGGUUGCAACUCCCAAAGUGGUGGAUAAAAUUGCAGAAUACAAACGCCAGAAUCCAACAAUGUUCGCAUGGGAGAUUAGGGACCGACUAUUGGCUGAAGGAGUGUGCGACAACGACACUGUCCCCAGCGUUUCAUCCAUCAACAGGAUUAUCCGCACCAAAGUCCAGCAGCAAUUCCACCCGUCCCCUGAUGGAUCUGUUACACCACUCUCCACGCCUGGCCACACUAUAGUGCCCAGCACCGCCUCCCCCCCUGUGACCAGCGCCUCCAACGAUCCCGUAGGAUCCUACUCCAUCAACGGCAUUCUGGGUAUCCCCCGCUCCAAUGGCGAGAAGAGGAAACGAGACGAUGUUCUCUGGAGUGGCAACCACUUGGAUGGGAGGAAAAUAGGACAUUAUGGCUCUGAUGGCUCAGGUCCAGGCAGCGACUCUCAGGGCAGUGUGGAGAGUUUAAGGAAGCACCUGCGAGCAGACGCCUUCACCCAGCAGCAGCUGGAGGCCCUGGACCGUGUGUUUGAACGCCCUUCUUAUCCUGAUGUCUUCCCAACUUCAGAGCACAUCAAACCUGAGCAGGCGAAUGAAUACUCGCUCCCCUCCCUGAACGCUGGCCUGGAAGACGUGAAGCCCAGCCUUUCGACCAGCGCCAGCUCCGACCUCGCCUCCAGUGUCUCCCAGAGCUACUCUGUUGUGACAGGUCGAGACAUGGCCAGUACCACCUUACCUGGCUACCCACCUCAUGUCCCCCCUACAGGACAAGGCAGCUACCCCACCUCCACACUCGCUGGAAUGGUUCCUGGAGGAGACUUUUCUGGAAACCCUUAUUCUCAUCCGCAAUACACCACUUACAACGAAGCAUGGCGGUUCAGCAAUCCAGCGUUACUAAGUUCCCCUUAUUAUUAUAGUGCCGCAUCCCGUGGCUCCGCACCUCCCACUGCUGCCACUGCCUACGACCGCCACUAGUUACCAUGGAGACCAGCUCAAACUGCAGGGCCAGGGCUUUGGCCUCCAUAUUGUCCCCGUCUGAGAAACACUGAGGUCAAAGGGAAGCAAGGUGGAACCCUAAAAGGAACCGGUGACGCAGAGGAAGGAUUUGGCGAGGUUGACGCCAGUGCAUCUCGAUUCAGAUGCAUCCAGAUUCAGCGUUAAAACACUUUUGGGUGAAAAAAAGGUGAACCCGCAGGUGUUGAGACUCCAACCAUCACCUUCAGCCCUCACUCUCUCACAGGCCCGAACAUUUCCAGAAUGACUUUAAGAGAUUAUAUAAAUAUAUAUAUUAUAAAAUAUAAAUUGAUGAAAAACAGUGUGAAGAAUACCAUGUGGAAAAAAAUGUUGUGGGUUUUUAUUUUUGUUUCUUUAUUGCUGUUGUUGUUGUUGUUAUUUUAUUCAUGGAUCCUCACAUUCCUUUAUAUGAUGAACCACAGUAUUUUUCUGCUCUAAAGAGAGAAGUCCAAGGGAGAUGGUCCCGUAGCGUGAUGAUGACUUGAACCAAUGUUGUGGAUGCCCACUAAAUUCUAAUGAGAUCCUGGUUCCACACUGUAGGGCUGGCUAUACUCUGGUGCUUUGACUACAUCUGCUCCCACUUCUAUGUUCUCAGAUACACACAGCAUGCCCUGCAGAAUUAAAUACCCCGUUGACCAAUGACAGCAUUGUACUCCCUGUGGUAAACAAUCAGAUGUAAAAAUGUAAAUCAUUUGUCUAAGUAUUAAAACCAUGGCAACCAUACACGUAAAUUAUUUUUCUCUCACUAUUUCUUGUAAAAAAAAAAAAAAAA